AUGGAAAUUUUAAAUUUAGGAAAAAGAAUUGAUGAAAUAAAAAAUCUAAAAAUUGAUGUAGAUUCUAAAAUUGAUCAGAAAGUUGAAAAAAUUAAAAAAGAUAUUCAGUUAUUAAGAGAAUAUGUCGAAAAUGAGGACAAUAAAUUGAAUGCGGGUAUUGAUAAAAUAAAUGAAAUUAUGGGAACCAAAAUUAAAGAAAUAAUAAUUGAAAAUCUCAAAGCAGAAAUUGGACAAGUGAAAGAUAAAAUUGAAAAUAUGAAUACAGCUCAACUAGACAAAGUAAAUAAUCUUCUCAAUGGACAAAACCUGACGGAAGUACUGUUGACAAAAAGACGGUUGAUAUUUUCUGUUCAAUCUACAAUUCCAACUAUAAUUAAGAAAUUAAAUGAAGAAUUAAGGAAAAUAGAAGGAGGAUUAGGUGAUGCGAGAAUAAAACAAUUAAAUAUCUAAGAACCAGGGUUAAAGAUUGUCUUGAUAAUAUAAAUGGAGAAAUUGACAAAAUAUUUGAAUAGUUAAAGGAAACGAUGAAAAAAUCAUGAUUACUAAAUUGGAAAAAUGGGUGGAAUCUUACAAAAGCUGUUUUGAUAACUAUUAUUUAAAAAAAAAAUUAAUAAAUGAGGC